AUGGCCACGGGAGGGGAUCCCUCGGGGCCGGCGGAGCAGCCGGAGGAAGUGCCCGUCCAAGUCCAGCCAUCCGCUCUGAACCUCAGCCGCGCCAUCUUCAUCCCCCUCAGAGGCUUCGAGCGCGGCCCGCAGCCCGUCCUCGACCAUGCCCAGAGGCUGCAGAGGACGGUGGAGCAUGUCACGGCCCAGCAGGCCAUCGUCCGAGGGAACAUGGUGUCCGUGGCGCAGCACCUGAUCGACCGAGUCGUCGUCAACGCAAAAUCAGAACUCUCUCAGUCGCACGGCGGCGACGACGGCGACUUCGGCAAUGAGUCCGAAGACGAGGACCAGAGAGCCCAGAGGAGGGCGGAGGAAGCCGUCGUGUGGAAGAGCCUGAGCACCAAAGCCCCCGAGGGGGCAGACAAACUCGACUACCAGAUCCAGGCCGGCCGACGCAGAUCAGAAACUGGCUCGGUGGCCUUGACCGCGGACGGCGACAUUGAGAUGGGUGGCGUGGGCGGGAGUCGGCCGUCAAGCUCAGGUUCGGGUUCAGGUUCAGGUUCAGGUUCAGGUUCAGGUGCAGUUUCGAGUGCGAGGACUCCUCAUGCGAUUCGCAAGGAUGGGGCUCUGGCUAUCCAGCGCAUCAUCAGCGAAACGAGCCACCAGCUCGAUGCCUACGAUAAGCGGUCCGCCGAGUCGCUUGCGCAUUACAAGAGAUCCGCCUCGCGUAGUAGUACGAGCAGCAAGAAUAGCCCUAUCUCUCCCACGACCGACACAGCGCAGAAAUCAAACUCGCGCAGUACGAGCAGCAAGAGCAGCCCUAUCUCUCCCACGACCGACACAGCGCAGAAAUCAAACUCGCGCAGUACGAGCAGCAAGAAUAGCCCUGCUUCUCCCACAACCGAGAUCGCGCAGAGAUUAAACACGGUCAAGUUCGGCGGCGUCGUGAACACGGCACCGACCUUCACGCCACCCGUCUACUCGGCGCCACCCAGACUAAUGCCGAUCAGGACCAACAUCCCGCCGGGGAUCCUCAAGAGGAGAUCAGGCGAUACGGCUGACCCCGCGCGCCCCCUCCCCCGAGUGACGCCCCUCCAAACCAGCAGCAGCAGCAGCAGCAUGUCGGGCAGCCUCAAGAGACGAUCAAGCGAUAGCGCGCAGAGCCCGGCCGAUGCCGGCAGUCUCCCAAAGAGGAAAUACAGUGACAGCCCGAGGAGUCCGAGGACCCCCGUGACCCCGGUGACCCCGGUGGAUCUGAGCCGGCGGACGAGCACCGGGAUGCCGCUCGCGGGUUUGAAGGACAAGGCGCCCGAGAGAAAACGGGAGAGUAUCGAGAGUCUGAGGCGGUGA